UUGAAAUUCUGGUGGUUUUGUGCUUGACUGAUCUAUAUUUGAGCAAAUGACGAGUGAUUUCCGGUUAACAUAUAAUAAUCACAUGAAGUUUGAUUAUACGACCUAUUACAUAACAAUGUAUAUUGGAAACUUAACAUCGUGUAAGAUGUAUAUAUUAACUCGUGCUGAAUAGCGUGUACAUUAUACAUGGCACGUGUCGGAUAUGCACAUAAAAUUUUGCAUGGUGACCUCGUGCGUGACCUUUUCUAUUUAUUGACACAAUGAUCGUUUUCAUCGAAGUCAUGGCAUUGUCUGCAAACCCUUGUAUCUUAUCACGAAUCUUUAAACGUUCCCUAAUUGAUGAACUUAUAUGCUUAUCUUCAAUUAAGUUUUAUCAUUCAACGAGGACAUAUGUAACGAGGGCAGGAGUAUCUCUAACAAUGCCAAAAAAGCUCGGUAAUGUAGGUCCAUUCUGGUACUGUAUAAAUACAGUUCACAAGAACAAGAAAAAUGCAGUCGUUUCGUCUUCAAUCAUCAUCGUCAGUUUAAUUGUUACAUAUGGAACACAUGAUCUAGUUCAUCACGAACCACUCAGUACAUUUCCCAGGCUGAUAUUCUCACCCAGCGUCCAACUGGAAGAACGCGAAACAAAUACGUCAUAUCUGUGCUACACAAAUGACGUCAACAUAUCUCAACGACUUGGACGACGCUUGAACAUUUUCAAAGGUAAAAUAUCGGACAAUGAAUUCGUUUUCUUAUCCGUUGGGAUUGAUAUUAGACACAUUUUAAAUAUAAACCAUUUAAAGGAAGAUUCGUGUUUUUCUGUGGAAAAUACAUUCCUUUAUCAUUGCUGCGGAUAUUCGCCAUAUCUUAAAGAUUCGGAGAAGAACUUUCGUUUGCAAGAGACAAACUUUGAGUUUGAAAGACGUGUCGUAACAGACAACUAUUUUCGCGUUGAAGACAUUUUCACUGGUAAACCAGUAGUGGUAGACUUAACGAUAAAGUUUCGUUCAGGAAUGUUAAACCAUAGAAUAGCUGAAGUCAUUUCCAGACAUCGAUGUCGCGGAGACGUCAAAGUUGAUCACUACCCAGAAGUACACAUUGAAGUUAAUAUAAAUGACCAUAAUAAGCUUUCAAACCAAGAAUUUCAUUGGUAUUUGUAAUGCAAGUCAGUAUAACUUUUGGCAGCAAUGUUGAAAUUAGUUUGUGCACUUCAUGGUGUCCCGUUAUCUUUUACGCUUCUAAAACACCAAGGUUUAUUAUAUGAACUAAAUGUGACGUGACGUUUGUUACCACGUAGGCUGAUUAUGAUGUUACGUUGUAA